AAGGCGGUUCAUACUUGCCUAAGAACUGUGGAGGUGGUGCCAGGGCUGGGGUGCCUCCAGCAACUCACUGCCUACAGCAGAGCCCCGACCAUCUUGCCACCUCUGCACCCUCUGCUCAGGACCAAGCACCCGGAAUUUUUCUCUGCCCCAGGGAAACCGUGAAGCCCAGGAUGAGCCAGUCUAACUCCACAACUAUGCUGCCCUUUCUGAGCACGCUGUGGCAGGAGGCAGCUGAGCAGGGCAGCGACGGGCUAGGCCUGGAUCGAAGGUCUCAGCCCCGAGACGACAGCAAGCUGGAGGCGCUCUACAUCCUCAUGGUGCUCGGCUUCUUUGGCUUCUUCACCCUGGGCAUCAUGCUGAGCUACAUCCGAUCCAAGAAGCUGGAGCACUCCCAUGACCCGUACAACGUGUACAUCGAGUCGGACGCCUGGCAGGCGAAAGGCAAGGCGGUCUUCCAGGCCCGAGUGCUGGAGAGCUGCAGGGCUUGCUACGUCAUUGAAAACCAGGUGGCCGUAGAGCAGCCUGCCACACACCUUCCCGAGCUGAGGCCGUUGUCAUGAGCCGCAGCGCUGGUUAAGAAUAGACAAGCCCCAUGAGGGACAACCUGGUCUUCCUAGUCACGCACCUGCCAUAGUCUUUAUUGUAGGAGUCUCACUGAAGGGCUGAGGGGUGAACCAAUGACGGGGGCUUUCUAGAUAUUCCCUCUAUGGUAGACAAUCCACGUAUCCUGCAGCCCCCCCCCCCCCCGUCUUCUUAAAUCUAGAAGCGUGUCACACAACAUGGCUUCGGAGAUUGCGAGCUGUUUCCCAAAGUCUCUCAACAUUAGCCAUGUCACACAACUAUGUGCUGGUCAGAAGAUGGGCAUGCUCUUCAUCCUCCCUGACCACUUAAGGACACUGGCACACCUGAGGCAGCUGUGAUGGAAACAGCAGGACACUCCCAAGAGGCACAGGCGACGCGGGCCCCUCGCCUUCCUGCAUUCUCAGGUUCAAGGGGAAGAGUUUCUCAGCCCACAGUUCCUGCUGCCACUGCUUACUUUGGUCUCUGCUAAGUUACAGAAUCCAUAUCCAAACACAGUGGCACCUCUGUCCUUGUCGCCCCGUUCACAGCUGUCCCUGCUCUGCCCUCCUGUCUCCCACUCCUCCCGUAUUAUACACCUUGCCUGCAUUCCUUUUCCAAUCACACUCACCACCCCACACCCCAGGCGGGUGGGACUGGUGUGGCAGGGUCCUUGAGGUGACAGGUUUGACUUGUUGGGAGAAUUAUGUCCCUAGAAGACACGAUGAGGCUCUAACCCCCAGCGCUAGUGGGUGUUCUCUUGUUUGGCUAUAAGAUCUUUACCCACCAUCACAUUUCAGUGAAUAGUUGAACUGGGCCCUAUGCUAGUAGGAUUAUGAGGGACACCUGAAGACCACCACGGGAUGUCAGGACAGACUGGGGCAAUGAGGAUAAAAGCCAAGGAGUGCCGGGAACAGAUGGCCCCUGGGCUCUGGACAGAAAAAAGGAGCAAUUGUCCCUGUGAGUUUCCAAGGACAUUGGGGCCCUCCCGAGCCUCCAUUCCAGCCUUGAGAACACAGGACAAUGGCCACCUGCUUGGGAAACUUUGAUAAAGCACUCUAGCCGGAUAACGUGAUAUCUGCUGCCCCUCCCAUCUCUCCAAGCAGAAGGAACUGUGGGAGUGCAUAUAGAGGGGCACCAGAGCUGCAGUUCACAGCAGCAAAGGCCUGCUGCCCUGACAUGCUGGGUGCCAGCCUCUCCCCCUAGCACCUGAGACAUGAGGACCCUUUGUACCGUGACCCCUUGAAAGCUCACUUCCUGGCGCUCCUGGGGAGUAUGGAACACUUCAAUGAGAUGAGAGUUUGGGAAAGUGAACAUAGAGCUGGCAAGAUGGCUUAGCACACAGGCAACCGGAAUUUGAUCCCCAGAACCCGUGGAGGAAGGAGGGGACAGAUUGCAGAGUUGUCUCUGACCUCCACAUCACACACACAUAUAAAACAAUAAUAAAUAAAAUAAAGACUUAAAGACAUAACAUAAGCUAGUGAAAAGCAGCCCCCCCCCCCAGCACUGACUGUCCUCCUGUCACUGGCUCCAUCUGAUUGGAGCUCUCACCAUAAAGCAGGGGUUCCUCUGUGUGUGAGAGAGAGAGAAAGAGAGGGAGAGAGAGAUCUGCAUCUGAACCCUGACAUGGAUGAACCUCUGAAUAAUUAUUUGGGUCCUUAAAUAAGAGUCCUUUGAAUGCUGGACUCCUCCCCAUCCCCAGAUGUCCACGCACACUUUUCCUGCUGUCUUGAGAGUUCAUGAGCCCCUGGAACCCAGCCUGUGGCUGCUGCAUCCUUGGCCCCUGUGUGAGCCAAGCUCUGUUCCAGACAGAUUCCUGUUGCCCAGACUGCGGGAAGGUUUGGAGAGGGACCCAGAGUACUCGUGACUAGCUUGUGACACGGUGACCUUGAUAUUCCUGGCUGCAGCGCUUCUAUCACCAGCUCAGUUUCUCCACAAGAAUUCCUAUGCCUUUUAAGGCAGGGAGGGCCCAGAGCUCGGAGCUCUCUGCCCUUGGACCGGGCCUCAAACUCAGUACCCACUGCAGACUCCUUAUCACUUCCUCCUGUGCUGGCCUCUUUGUUUAAAGGGCAGAGGGAGUGAGGAGUGAACUGAGCCACAAAACGUUAUGUGCCUGUAACGCUGUAACAUCUGAUUUUGCACGCGUGGAGGGCUAGUGCUGUGCCAGGGACCCUCCUCAGCUCUUCAGAGAUUCUGCUGAUGUUUUGCAUACAGUAUUUUUGUUAGGACUGUGCUUUUU